CUACCACCCAGGCCAGGUGACUGUUCCGAAGAAGUAAGACUAAGACUCCCUUGCAUCUUCCAGCACCCAGAGAACAGAGGAUGCUUGCUACUCUUUUCAUAAUUUUUUUUUUUUUAACCUGUAAGGAAAUAUUUUCUAUAUUUUUGUUCAGGAGAGCUGGAAAGGCAAAAUGAUUUCUCUAAAGUAAUCAUUCUACAAUGCGUGUAAAAUUUUCCCCCAGUCAUCACAUAAACACAGAGCCAUUAAAUGAGAACCCCAACAAACAUUAAAGCCGUUUGGAAGCAGUGUCACUGGCAGGCAGAGCUGCACGACACACAGCAACACCAGCAGAGGCUUUAGAAGCAAACACAACCAUAUUCUCACAACAACCUCUCUUACACCAGAUGGUAUCUUUUGUCAUUCACCUGCUUCAACGCCGGUAUCAUUUAUGGGAAAUGUGAGCUGCCCCAGUGCAAAGGUCUCAGAUACUGAUGUGAGUGUGCCAGGAAUGUCUCUGCAGUACAAAGUCUUUGCCACAAGGUGCCGUUCCAGACUGGGAAAGCCAUCAGUUCUCGCAGCCACCGGACUGCAGGGCUGGUCCUUCCAGGCAAUUUUCAUUUAGGGAAAUCUGUUUGAGUGGUAACGGGGUGGGUUCAAAGCCAAGCAUGCUCUUCCUGCCUCCUCCCUGUACUCCCAGGGCUGGGGGACUGCUUCACCAAAAAGAAACAGUGGCAGCAGUGGUGAAGAUCAGCAAAUUGGACUCGCUUCCUUUCCCCUGAUCAGGUACAGAAACUACCAACUGCCAUACCAGAAGAUAGCACGGGGUGAAAAAAGGAGCUCUGAAAGCUGUCCAUCCUCUUCCAUUCUCUUCAUCCCCAAGGGGGCAGAAAGGGGGACGAAGGGAAACAGUUUCCUUGGAGGAGAAUUGACUGAAAGAGCAGAAUGGACCGCUUCCGGAUGAUCUUCCAGUACUUCCAGUCCAACUCAGAGUCUGUAAUGAAUGGGAUCUGUGGGUUGUUAGCCCUGGCCAGUGUAAAGAUUUAUACCUGCCUUGACUUCAGCUGUCCCUGCCUGCCCCAUUACAACAUGGCAUAUGGCUUGGGAAUCAUGUUUAUGCCCCCCAUCGCCCUCUUCCUCUGCGGCCUCAUCCUCAACAGACAAUCCCUGGUGAUGAUGGAGGAGUGGAGGCGGCCACAGGGACACAGGAGAAAGGACCUGGCUGUCAUCAGGUACAUGUGCUGCUCCAUCAUGCAGCGAGCCAUGGUUGCCCCAGCCGUUUGGAUCGUGAUUACCCUCCUGGAUGGCAAAUGCCUGAUCUGCGCCUUCAGCAGCUCUGUGGACCCCAAGAAGUUUGUGGGCUUUGCCAAUGCCACCUUGGCACAGGCACAGGAGAUGCUCAUCAGGGUGCCCUGCAAGGAGGAUGAGCUGAUGAGGAACAGCACAUCCCGCAGGGCAGUGUCCAGGUACCUACGCUGCUGGUCCCAGGCCCUUGGCUGGAGCAUUUUGUUGAUCCUCAUCAUAGCUGUUUUCCUUGCCCGCUGGCUCACACCUUGCUUCAACCAGGCUGCCCUCCUCCAGAUGCGUCACUGGAGUAACUACAUCGACAUCGAGCAGAAGAUUUUUGAAGAAACCUGCUGUGAGCACAGCCGGCUCUUUGCUCACCAAUGCAUCCUUCACUUCUUUGAAAGCAUGCGGAAAGAAAUCAGACAGCACAGCUUUGACUUGCCUGGAGAGAAAGAGAGAGAGGAAGAUCUUCUCUGGGGUAUCACAGACCACAGUCAGGUGAACAAACUUCUGAAAAGGUGGUACUAUGAGAAACCUCCGUUGGAUGUAAGCCAGGCAACCCACAGACAUCCUCUGGAGCAAGAGGGAUCUCCUCCACCCUGGGCAGGUAGCUGCAGUGCCAGGUCUAAAUUCACCCAGCACACCCACGUGUGAAGGGGAGAUUGUCCUGAAGUCAACACAGCUGUGUCCAGCAGAUGGAUGGCCACAGUGCUCACUUCUUCUUCCAGAACCCCAGGUCCAAAGGCUGGGCUCUGGAGCACCCAGCAGAACCUCCUAGAAGAACUAGUAAGACUCAGCUCUCAAAAUCCCAGAGUUCCAGAAUCACCAGAAGCAACAUUCAUUACAGUACUCAUCCAGGGGCUCUGAAUUGUGCUUUUGUCAUCUUGAAGAGUUUGUAGCUGUGACAAAGCCCUUCUGGCUGGGCUGGUUGGUGUUCAGAAGGCUCUGCAUGAACCAGCACUGUGCCAUGGACAGGACACACCUGUUUUUUAGGCACUUCUGGUAGAUUUUAGCACAAACUGAUCUACCCAAAGGAUCAUACCUACAUCUCUGGGCAUAACCACCUUAGUUUCAGCACCAUUUGAAUGUAAGCUCUGAACCUCUAAUGCCAAUUACUUUCUCAUCCACCUCUUUCUAGCCUCUGUUUUAGAUGUUUAGUCUCAGUCAUGGUAUGGGUUUGACUGAUAUUUCUGUCCAGCAUUGCUGUUUGGGUGCAUUAAAAUUCUUACUGCGAACCCCAUGCUGCAUUGCUUUCCCUUCCCUCAUCUCUGUUCCCUAUCUCUUCACGCCAUCAUGGACUUUUCUGACUUUGAUUUAAAAAAAAUCAGCUCUGACAGAUACUGAAAUGCCACAGAAACACCCCAGGCACACCCCAAGGUGUGUGUGCAGUGCCCGCUGGGAUCAGCACAGAGCUCUUCCCAUGCUCUUUAGCUCCAGGGAGUGAUUCCUGUGCUUUUCUUCAAAAUAAACAUCGCACUUUGAAUUUCAGCUCUGGCUUACUAUCACCAGGCAUGACACCACAAAUCUCACCAUGAGCUUUGCUGCAGACUCACCACUCCACACAAAUCAAAUCAGCAAUUUUCUUAGCCCCACUCAGACAAGAGGUCUGCAGCUCUCCUUUGCAUGCUGCUUUCCAUGCUCUCAGCCAUCUCAGAGUGUCCACAAAACAUAAAAUGCAAAAUAGGAGAUGGGGGAUAGCCUUAUUAGCUGUGUCGGGAGGAAACAGGAGGAUCAGUCUGGUCACAAGGUAGCUCUAGUUGAUGGGGGGUCCUUGGCACAGAAGUUGUUUGUGCUCAGGCACUCAGUCUUUUUGUGACCUCUUGGCCUUUGACCCUUCACCCCCUGGCCUUUGACCCAAUGAUUUUUUUAGCUUUUGAUCAGGACUCAAGACAAAAUCCACCCUUUAAUCCAUACCUUUUACAUCAUGCUCUGCUGUCACAGUUUCUACAUAUCCUAAUUACCAUCGUCUAUCUUGCUUUUUGAUACACACAUAACAUUCCCAUAGUCAAUGGACCAUCCACAUACAAUGCUGAUGAUGUUCAUUUAGUUCACAACUUUGGAUUCAAUCUGUCAUAACAGUCCUUCAGUGCAGGUAGAACGACCUUUGAGCUAUUGAUCUUUGACCUAGUGACCAUUUAACCUAAUACACAUUGACUUUUGGCCUGGUUACCUUUGACCCAUUGACCUCUGAUCUGCUGACCUAAUAGCUAUUGACAUAUUGACCUAUUGAUCAGUCACCAGCUGACCCAACAAUCACUAAGUGACCCAACCCAGCUACAUUCAAGGGGAGAUUACCCCAACACUUACCACAGCAGGAGGAUCACCUAAUUGGACCAGUUGGUUGUGCUGUUUUAAGCACCUGACUGUUGAGUGUUGGAUAUGAUUUUUUUUGUUUUUAGUUGAAACCAGUCUGAGGGAGACAUAUUCUCACUUAAGAGAGACUUAUUUUGAAUCAGUUUAAACUCAUUGGGAACCAGUUCAAGCUGAAGUUCAGUAGAUCAGUCACCAACAAAAAUAAAUGUGCUGCUGGGAGCUUUCAGUGAUCUAGCUGCAGUACAGCCACAUAAACUUACUGCAGCCGGGCACAAUUUCCUCUCUAUUUCUCUGCAUCUGAUUUUCAUACCUGGACACCUGCAAGUGCAAAUUAGGCAUUUAUGCUCAUGCAAACUACCCACUUCUGGAGUUAGUAGCCACUGGUAGCACAGGAUUGUUUUACUGCAUAAGUACUUUGACUGUUAUGCAGAUGUGGAAAUUUUGGAGUUUAAGCACACAGUAGUCUGUGUUCCAGAUAUGUUCCUGAGAAGUUUAGCUCAGUUAAAACCUGACUUGCUGUUUCUCUCCUGCAUUUCUAUUCCUAUUUCACAAAGCAGCAUUGAAGCACCAGGUUGCUCCUUCAAGCUGGCCAAAAGACGGGGAAAUAUUUGCAUUCCAACUGGUCUUACAGUGGUGAUGCCUAGAGGUCCCUUCCCACCAGCUCUGUUAGGAAACUGUGCUCUCGUAUGACAGCAGGAAGGGAGAGGGUGACCAACGAGCUUUAGCAGCUCUUCAUCUCUCAGGGCUGUCCUAAUGCCCAGUAUGCAGAUGUGUCUGAAGUCCUCGGGCCCUUCACCCACCAGGAGCCAUGAAACAGUGAUGCUGACUGCAAGGACAGCUUUCCCCAUCCCACCAUCAAUAUUCCCAAUGAUAUGGGAAUUGUGACCACCUUCCUGUCCCUCCCCUCUAUCUCCUGUAUUGACUGGGGCACACAGAGCCCCACGCAACUCCCUGUCAUGGUGUCUGACUGGACAUUCACAUGCAGGACCCCAGGUAGGGAUGGACUUGGGCAUGCACCACCUCUGCCAGGCCUGGUUUCCAAAGCACAAGCAGAUGUGGUUGUGGUGUUUCUGCACAGAAAAUCUGUUGGAGUGAGCUUUCUGCUGGAAGUUCACAAAAAAAAAAGGCUCACAAAAACAUGGAGAGACCAAGAUCAACACAUAUGAGCCUUGUUUUGAACCCUACUGAGUUGCUAUUGUCUUCCAUGAGAACUGUUGCUGCUACACACCAAACAGACUCGGGCUCCUCAUUCAUCUUUAACGAAAGUUUUCCUGGAGAUCAAAAAUAGUCCUCUGCAUUUACAAGGCUGAUUCAUGGCAGCUUUGAUGUAAGCUGCCCUUCAGAAAGCCACGUACCAGGUGACCAGGCUCUCCUAGCUAGAGAUACAGUAAUCCUCAUCUAUAUUCAUGCAAGCAAAUCUCUUUCCGUUUGAUGAGAUCAUGCAAUUAACCUCUUCGCAGCAGGCAGAGCUAGGACUCACUGGGUGUUACCAGUGUGCUUUGUGAUCACCUCUGUGGUGGUACCACUUUGACACUCAUGUCAGUAGCACAGGUGGUGACAGGCUGGAGGGAGUGAAUGCCUUGCUGGUGGUCAGCAUUGCAGCAAUAUAUCUAAGGCCACUUAGAGUCCAAAUAUUCCUGUAUCUUUUAGGCAGCUUGAAGGAACAACGUGGUGCUCCAAAGCUACUUUGUGAGAUGGGAGUUGAGAUG